AUGCCGUCGAUUCCCGGAAAGCUCGUCUGUGUCACCGGCGCCGGUGGCUUCGUCGCCUCAUGGCUCGUCAAGCUCCUCCUCGAGAGAGGCUACACGGUCAGAGGGACUGUUAGAAAUCCAGAUGAUCCGAAAAACUCACAUUUGAGAGAGAUGGAAGGCGCGGAGGAGAGGCUGAUUCUGUGCAGGGCUGAUCUUACGGAUUACGAGAGUUUGCGGGAGGCCAUCAACGGCUGUGAUGGCGUCUUCCAUACAGCCUCUCCGGUUACUGAUGAUCCAGAACAAAUGAUUGAGCCUGCGGUGAAGGGGGCCAAACAUGUGGUACGCGCGGCUACGGAAGCUAAAGUCCGCCGUGUGGUGUUUACCUCGUCCAUCGGCGCUAUUUACAUGGAUCCUAACAGAGAUCCCGAUAAAGUUGUUGACGAGAGUUGCUGGAGUGACCUCGAGUUCUGCAAGAACACUAAGGUUUGUGCGUUCGACUCUCACUCAAACAAAAAUACAAAAUGA